UCGAUGAAGGACUGGCCUUAAAAAUCACAAUUGGUUCUCAGCCCCGAUAUCACCUCUCAGCUGAUCGUAAUGGCGACAGAGGCACCCCAAGCAACGUACGAUGCUGUGGACGGAGACAAUGGGACACUUACAUAUUUUCUUUCGGAAACACAAAAUUCAUCGACCAAUAUCACAACAACAUCGGGCGGGAGGAGCGAAGAAUUGGCGAAAAUUGAAAUUGCCGUCCAGUCAAUAAUCCUUUAUUUUGCUAUUUUUGGUAAUUUGUUUGUGCUGAUAGUUUUGCGCCUGCGCAAACAGAAGCUCACCCGGAUGCAGUGUUUCAUUGUCCAUCUUAGUUUGGCUGAUAUAUUUGUGGGCAUAUUCAACGUUCUUCCACAGCUGAUAUGGGAUAUCACUUAUCGUUUCUCUGGCAACGAUUUUCUUUGUCGAUCAAUGAAAUAUUUCCAACUUGUGGCAAUGUACGCAUCGUCAUAUGUGCUCGUGAUGACGGCGAUAGACAGAUAUGUCUCAAUUUGUCACCCACUAACCAGCCAAACAAUGAAUCCCAAAAGAGUCCAUCUAAUGACUUUGCUGGCUUGGGGUUUAGCCCUUAUUUUUUCUAUUCCGCAAAUCGUAAUAUUUUCCAGAAAGGAGGUUUAUAAAGGUGUAUAUGAUUGCUGGGCGACGUUUGAUCCGCCUUGGACAGACUAUCUGAACACUGUCUGGUCGUUUGUGUCCAUAUACGCCCUGCCUACCCUGCUCCUGGCGUUCUGUUAUGGGCGAAUCUGUCACGUGGUGUGGAUCAGUGUAGGUUCAAAGGAGGAUAACAGAUUCAACAGGAAGAGAAAGAACAAGAGUAUCAUGUGGAGAAUAACGUUCAGGAAGAGUCAGAAUCAACAGAACACAGAGGAGGAAUCUGACCCAAAAUUGUUCAAAAGUAACUCCAUGAAUCCACGAGGUCAUGUGAGGUCAAUGUCAAAGUCAAAGGUCAAGACCAUCAAGAUGACCUUGGCCGUCGUCCUGUGUUACGUCAUUUGCUGGACACCCUUCUACACCGCGCUCAUGUGGUCGACGUUUGAUACAAAUGCAUCACUAGGCAGUACGUCGAUGACAAUAAUCCUCCUGUUGGCAAGUCUCAACAGCUGCACUAAUCCCUGGAUUUACCUGUGCUUCAGCGGAAGAUUAUGUGGAAAAGUAGAGCGCCGUAUGUCUCGCUCAUGGACACAAACCACGCAGGUUACCCACACAUAUGACUCAGAAAGUAGAUCCAGACAUUCAAACUAUGAUAUAUCACCCCACACGUCACGUGACAUCAGUCCCUGGGCAAGGACAUCCAUGACUAGUUCGUGUUAGGACAUAACAUCUAUGAAAACACGACGAACCCUUCCUUACCCGGGACCCUUGGGGCCAUGAAUGAUUUUCUGAGCUGCCAGUUUUUCCGACAAGCAUUGAGCUGAAAGAUUGACAUUGCAUUUGACAACUGCGUGAUGUAACGUUAAAACAAGCUUAAUAUGGUAACACAAAUAUGUGUACAAGAAAUGGUUCAUGCAUCAAUUGUCUUAACAAAUACGCGCACGUUUACCUAGCUUUACUACGGGUAUUUGUAAACAGAAAACUAUUCUUAGGCUGGGGACUGAAACAAUUCUUAUCUCAUCCAACAAUUCGAUCUUCGUGUUAGAUGAACACAGAUGAAGAAUUGUUGCAGGAACUGUGUCUUAACAAUAUGUCAACGCAAUGUAGUCCUUAAGAGAGAAUGAGGUUUCGCUCAGUGGGCAAUGACGUGUUUCCAUUAUGGCUAUUGGAAGAGACUUGCAAGAUAUCUGUUUAAACUUAAGUGUAAUUAAUAGCACACUCUACCAUACGGACUAGAUGUAUUGUUGUGUUAUGAUGGUAUCUUUUGUUCUGUUUUGAGGAUGAAACAGAACACAUCUACGUUUGUUAACAAGCGGACCCAAAUCCCCAAAACAGUAUAAUGAUACCUUUAGAUGCAUUGUCUUUUGGGGAGUUCACACUUAUGUUUGUAGAUAUUUUGUUGGCAAGCGAGUGACAAAGUUUCCACGAUUUACAUAAAUAGCGAAUUAUUAUCAAUAACCGAUUCUCGGCUAAUUGAUAAUUUCAACAAAACUAUUUGGUUUUUGAAAGGAUAUGCUCAUAUCCAUAUAUGGAUCACAAUGAAUAUGUUAUGUAAAUGUGGUACAUUAGUUAUGAGCUUUUAACAUAUUUCCUGUUUUAUGUGUUUCAAACUAUCCCUUUCCCAUUGUAUUUGAUAGAUACGAAGUAUGUAAGCUGACGACCUUGUUACCUGUACAAUAACAUAUUUUGACCACUGUCCACUGAGGAUGGGGUUUUUGUGACUACCUAUGGUGUUACGUUCAGUUAAAUGGUCUUCUGUAAAAGUGGAAAUAGUAGCAUAUUUGAUUAAUUGUGGUAGGAAUUAAAAGUGUCCAUGUUUAAUUUUAAAGGAUUGCAUAAAAAACAUACUUUGUCGAACAACGUAUACAUCCUUAUUUAACACUCAUGGAAACACGAAAUGUUUAAGAUUUUGUGGUAUACAAAAUCUGCAAAAUGUACACGCUACAUCCAGUUCACAAGCGUUAGUUAGAUCCCUGAAUGACAUAUCAGCCCGUGUAUACCACGUGACUAAGCACAGGAUAAUCGCAUAAUCGCGUGUUUGUUGUCUUUACUAUGUUACAAUAAAUCAACAUCUUUCAAGAAGGCAUAUCAUGCCGCUGUGUCAUUGGUUUGAAAUCCUUAGCUACACCUCCGCAAGUAUGCUGCCUUACUUACUUCUACACUCAAUUGUAUCCCUUAGUGACGUUCAUGUACUGCAUACACAUCCGUUUUUAUAACGUCUUAACGCAAUUCCAUAAAUAUACACUUUAUGAAUACAAAUACAAUUUCUACUCACCAACAUUUUUACAUCAAAAAGCAUUACCUUGCCGUAGUAAAGCAUCUAUUUGCACAAUCAUAUCCCACGGGGUAUAAUCCCAAAACUGGCAGUAUCCAGAUGACGUAAUUAGGGAGAUGUUAUAAUCCACUGCCAGAAAUGGGACAUACAGAUAUCGCACUGCCAGAAAUGCCGCUUGCACAGCCGAUGGUACAUAGUCACCGAUAUGUGCACGGAGACUUAAUUAGUUAAUUACUCCAAACUCCCAUACCCACCGUCGUAUUUUUUAAGUUGGUUGCAACGGGCAUGUUAUACUUGAAUGCUCAAAGGCUAUUACUGCAAAAGGGCACCAAUAUGAAUGUUUUAACAGACAAAACGCCCGACUGACCGUAUGCCGCCUGACAUGUCGGUCAGUCCUCUAAAUAUCAAGCUUCUUCUCCUUAUAAUCGAUGUAUUGUAUUGAGUCCAACCUUAACAGAUACUUUUAAUACAUAUUUGUUGUUUUGUUAUCUCUGUUAAAGCCAUUUGCACUAAAUCAAUAGCGCUGUUAACGACCGUUACGAUCUGUCCGUCUGACGGCAUGUGUGUCCGAUUAGCUUUCAAGGUCACAAUUUCCAUACUGGUCUUCAAUUUACAUUUAUGAAUGCAUUAAAGAAUUGUUAAUAAAAAUAUUACUCUUUUGUGCACCCUCUAUGUUUUCACCUUUAAAAAUUACCAACAGAUUAUAAACACAUGCAUAGAAUAUGAGUUGCUGUAACGAGUUUUGCAAACAUUUAAAGUCUAAAAUAAUGUUGAAUAUUGAUGUUAGAGGUAUUGCAGAGUCUUUCCGAGUUACAGAUUUCACGAACAGAUGCCGUUAAUUAGAUAAGUUGAUGACAUUUUUCAUUUUUGUUAAAUUUUGUUAAAUGUGAGAUUACUGCCAUGACAAUGGUGUUUUGAUGCUCAAAGUAAACUGUUUAAGUGCUGUCUUCAUCUACAUAUAUCUGUCUGUUACUUAAUGUCACCUCCUCGAUGUGUUGUUUCAAUUGUUGAUGAAUAAACUUUUAUUAAUG